CUUCUUCCUCUAUCUCGAUUUGGUGGAAACCCUUCGCCAGAUCGAGUGUAGUGAAGUACUGGCUUCUUCCCAGUUUUUUAAGAAUCUCGUCUAUGUUCGGGAUGGGAAACUUGUCAUCGAUCGUUACUUCGUUCAGUUUCCGAUAGUCGAUUACAAGUCUCCACUUUGGUUUCCCGCUGGCAUCGGCCUUCUUUGGCACGAUCCAAAUUGGGCCUGAGUAGGGAGAAUCCUAAUUAUCCUAUUACUUGAAUGAGUUUUAAAUUCUGUGCUGUUGUUCACGUUAUUGUUCCCUGUAUGUGCGUACCCGGCUUGGAACAGUAUGUCUAUAGCAUGUUCCAAGUCUUCUGGGUUCCUACAGAAAAGGAUUGAUUUCAUUGGUUCAGGAAGUUUGUUUUUAAAGAUAUUGGGGGCAGACCGCUUGUUGUUCAUCGCACUCUCUCUAGUUGCUUCGGUUUCUCCUAAAAUGGUUACUAAUUUGUUAUUUAACCUGUGUAACCUGGUUUUCAUGUCGUUGUAAAAAUCAAAAGUGUUUGUUCUAAAGGUCACGCUUCGUAAUUCGUCAAAGAGUUCUUCGCAAGAACGUCUAUCCCCGAAAUUAUUCUGUAGUAUGUUUUUAAUCUCUGCCCAUGAGGUCGCGGGGCAGUUUAUUUCUAUUGCCUGUCUUGCUCUUCCUUUUAGCUUUGAUUUUAUUAUGUCCGAAAAAACUAGUUGGGACAGUUCGUCAUAUGUUUGUAGGUGUGGGUGUAUUCGGUUAAUAAGUGUGGUGAAUGUCUGUAGGUCUCUUGAGUCGCCACAGAAUUCAGGUAAGUUAUUAAGAUAUUUUAAAGGGUUUAUAGUAAGAAUGUUUUGAACUGGUACUGCCAUUUUAUUUCUUUUUUUUUCUUGUUUUCCAGACGUAUAUAGUAAUUUUCUUUCAAUUUCUUACUCUAUGCUAAUUUUUUAAGUUACAUAUAUUUAAUAAUAAUUAUUAUAUAUAAUAUAGUUAAUCGGAUUCUCACUUUCUGAUGUUGUUGUUGAAUAUUAUAUUGCUGUCUGUCUGGCUCUGUGUUGGGUUUGAAGUUGAUCUGGAUGUGUUUCCAAGGAUGGAAAAAAAUUAGUCACUAUGUUGAGUUUAAAGUUGAUUAGGAUGAACAUUUGGCUGAUGAGUUGUUAAUAUGGGUAUAUCUUUAUAUUUCGGUUGUUGUCUGAAAUUAUCAUCGAUAAGAGUAAAUCUUUUUUACCCUUUUCUUCACCCCCUUUUUUGUAUUAUUUUAGAAAAAUUUGUAUGUUUUAAAGGAUUCGUUCUUUAAUCUUAUGAAGUUCAAAUGUCACUCUCACUAAACUUUUUCGCAAAAAUUAUAUUGUAUGCUUAGAAGAUUCGUUCUUCAUUCUUAUGAAGUUCAAAUGUCACUUUCACUAAACUUUUUCGCAAAAAUAUUUUGUAUGUUUUAAAGGAUUCGUUCUUAAAUCUUAUGAAGUUCAAAUGUCACUUUCACUAAACGUUUUCGCAAAAAUAUUUUGUAUGUUUUAAAGGAUUCGUUCUUAAAUCUUAUGAAGUUCAAAUGUCACUUUCACUAAACGUUUUCGCAAAAAUAUUUUGUAUGUUUUAAAGGAUUCGUUCUUCAAUCUUAUGAAGUUCAAAUGUCACUUUCACUAAACGUUUUCGCAAAAAUAUUUUGUAUGUUUUAAAGGAUUCGUUCUUAAAUCUUAUGAAGUUCAAAUGUCACUUUCACUAAACGUUUUCGCAAAAAUAUUUUGCAUGUUUUAAAGGAUUCGUUCUUCAAUCUUAUGAAGUUCAAAUGUCACUUUCACUAAACUUUUUUGCAAAAAUUAUUUUGUAUGUUUUAAAGAAUUCGUUGUUCUUAUUUUUUUUUUUCUACCCGUUACGAAUAUAGAAAUAUUCAAUGGACCUAAUCAUUGAAUCCGUUUCGAUCGAAAUAUGGUUCGAUAUGAUCGAAAAAAUUUGCGUUGAAAUCAUUGAAACCGUAUCGAAAAUAAAAUUUUCGAUCGAAGUGAACUUACUUACCGACUUGAUAAAAUGCUUUCCGCGGCACAUAGAUGUCGCUAAUUUCGAAAUCAUUGAUACCGCAAUAUCGAAAAUUUGUGCCGAAAUCAAUCCGUUGGUGACUGCGUUGCGGAAUUCUUACAAAAAUGGAUAAUUUAGAUAAGAGACAAAAACACACCAACAAAAAACAAUUUGAAGUGUUAGUAAGUGAAAUGAAGCUGCACCCCGACAUAGCGAAAGGAUUUUCGCAAAGAGCACCAGGCGAAUUGAAUCAUUUUUGGGAAGAAAUUUCAAACAAAUUAAACGCAGUAGGUCCCCCAAUCAAGGACAAAACUGGAUGGAAGAAGGUUUGGACAGAUUUCAAGUUUGCGACGAAGAAAAAAAUGGUCAAAAAUGCAAAGCAAAUUUCAGGAACAGGAGGUGGGCCCUUCAGCCAAAUUUCUUUACGUGCACUGGAAGAGGAAGUGAGUGUUAUUCUAUCACUCAAUGCAUCAGUGGAGGGAUUAAAGGGCGUUACAAGUUUUGGAUGCUCAAAAGAAAAUAUUCCGGAAGAAAUACCAACAACAAGUACUCCCCGCAAAAGACCGGUUGAGUCAAUUUAUUCCCAGCCUGACAUUGACUUGACGUCAUAUAUGACUCCUGGCCAGACCAUAGAAUCUAAUGCAGAUGCUGAUGUGUUCUGUACCCCACAUAAAAAGAGUAGAAUAAACAAAAUGGGUCUUCUUACAGAACAAAUAAAUAUUCAAAAAAAGAUGGAGGAAAAUGUAUCUAAAUUGUUAGCCACGCUCAUUAAACAUCAAAAAGACUAUAUCCAAGAACAGUCCGACACGAACAGGUGGCUUAGGAAACUAAGUGAAAAUGAGAAGGAUAAAUUGAAAGAAAUGAAGCGACAUAAUGCUGUCAUGGAAAAAAUAGCCUUUGAUAAAUUGGAAACCAAAAAAAAAAAUUCUAGAACUGGAACUUGAACAUUUAAAUAAUCCAUAAGUUUUUAUUAUUAAUUUAAAAUAUUUACAUUUUAAUGAAUUUUUACGUUUUUUAACUUAGUUUUAAUAAAAAUGAACUCAACAUAUUUAGUUAUAUAUGAACUUAUACUAAAACAUAUCUAAAAAAGUUUCUCUUAUUCUAUUUGCUUCGUCGGUAGGCAUAUCAUUUAAAUCAUUGUCAUCAUUGUUUGAAUAUUCAUUUUCAGAUAUAUCCAGGUGUAGCUCAUUAAAAUUUUCGUUAGAAUUAAA